AUGAAGAAGUUUUCUCGCAUGCCCAAGUCGGACGGGAGCGGCGGCUCCGGCGGCGGCGGCGGCGGCGGGACGGUGUGCGGCGGCGGCGGCAGCGGCGUGGCCCUGGGCAAGGCGCUCGCCGUGGGACGGUACCAGGUCACCCCCGAGGAGCUGCUGGCCGAAGGUGGCUUCUCAACUGUGUUUCUGGUACGAACCCAUGGUGGAGUACGAUGUGCAUUGAAACGAAUGUGUGUUAACAGUGUGCCAGAUCUCAACAUAUGCAAGAGAGAAAUUACAAUUAUGAAAGAGUUGUCUGGGCACAAGAAUAUUGUUGUUUAUUUGGACUGUGCGGUUAAUUCUAUAAGCGAUAAUGUUUGGGAGGUACUCAUUCUCAUGGAAUAUUGUCGAGCUGGACAGGUUGUGAAUCAGAUGAAUCAGCGUCUGCAGACAGGCUUUACCGAAUCAGAAGUAAUGAGAAUAUUUUGUGAUACCUGUGAAGCUGUCGCCAGGUUGCAUCAAUGCAAAACUCCUAUAGUUCACCGGGAUCUCAAGGUGGAGAAUAUAUUGUUAAACGAUAGUGGAAAUUAUGUUCUUUGUGAUUUUGGCAGCGCCACUAACAAAUUUCUAAAUCCUCAAAAGGAUGGUGUUAAUUUGGUUGAGGAAGAAAUUAAAAAGUAUACAACGCUCUCCUACAGAGCUCCUGAAAUGAUCAACCUGUAUGGAGGGAAACCAAUUACUACCAAGGCAGAUAUCUGGGCACUUGGCUGCUUGCUGUAUAAACUUUGUUUCUUUUCGCUUCCCUUUGGAGAGAGUCAAGUUGCUAUUUGCGAUGGAAGUUUUACCAUUCCGGACAAUUCCCGAUACACUCACAGUAUGCACUGCUUGAUAAGGUAUAUGCUUGAACCAGAUCAAGAAAAGAGGCCAGAUAUCUUUCAAGUAUCUUUCUUUGCCUUUAAGCUUGCCAAAAAGGAUUGUCCAGUGUCCAAUAUUAAUAAUUCUCCUGUCCCCUCCACUCUCCCUGAACCCAUGACUGCUAGUGAGGCAGCUGCAAGAAAAAGCCAAAUGAAAGCAAGAAUAACAGACACCGUUGGACCAACAGAAACCUCAAUUGCACCACGACAAAGACCAAAGGCCAAUGCAAGCACUGCGACUCCAAGUGUGCUGACGAUCCAGAGUUCGGCAACACCAGUCAAAGUGCAAGUUCCUGGUGAAUUUGGUAAUCGUGGGCAAAAAGGAACCACGCGACCUGGAAAUGGGCAAGAAAUGUUAUUGCCUCAAGGGACCAAUCAGCCCCAUCCGCAGCAGAACAGAGUGCUGCAGCAGCUGCAACAGGGCGACUGGAGACUACAGCAGUUGCACCAGCUACAUCACCAGCAACAACAGCCUGUAAUUCAGGAUCCUUAUAUGCAGCAGUAUCAACAAGUAAUGCACCAGCAGAUGGUCCAGCAGCAGUUGUUGAUGCAGUCUAUGUACCAGCAGCAACCUUCUCAGUCUCAGUAUCCCGCUAUGGUGCAGCAAUAUCAGCAGGCGCUCAUACAGCAGCAGCUGCUUGCUCAGCAGCAACAACAGUCAAAACAGGCACCAUCUCCUGAAUAUAUCACCUCUCCACAAGAUUUCUCACCAGCCUUAAUCUCCUACCCUGCAUCGCUUCCAGUGCACGUUGGGACAGCAGUGGAUUCUGCUUAUACUGCAAGCAGGUCAGGUAUUCCUGAUGCUGAGACCAUUUCCCAUUACCCAAAGCAGAGCAUCAAUAACCCACCUGAUAUGUCAGGCUGGAAUCCGUUUGGAGAGGACAAUUUUUCCAAGCUGACAGAGGAGGAGCUGCUGGACAGAGAAUUUGACCUGCUAAGAUCAAACAGACUGGUGCACAGGAGCUCAUCUUCAGAUCAGACUGUGGAGCCACAUUCUGCUCCACAGAACAAUCCUCCCGAAGAUCCCUUUGGUUCUGUUCCUUUCAUUUCUCACGCAGGUUCCCCAGGAAAGCAAAUGGAUAACUCAGCCAGCACUCGGGAAAGUAACUUAGGGACCCCAAGCAAGACUGGAAAGCUGAGCCAUGCUUUUAGAGAUCCACGGCCAGGGAGGAAAACUGCAGAUGGACAAGUGAAAGGUGAUGAUGAGUCAGAGAGUGAUUUUGAAUCUGAUCCUCCUUCUCCAAAGAGCAGUGAGGAAGAGGAAGAGCAGGAGGAUGAGGAAGUGUUGCAAGGUGAGAAUGGAGACUUCAAUGAUGACAAUGAUACAGAGCCAGAGAACUUAGGCCACCGACCUCUCCUCAUGGACUCUGAGGAAGAGCUGGAAGAGGAGGAGGAAGAGAAGCAAAGCUCUGACUCGGACUUGGAUCGUACCAAGCAAAAAUCUGUGGAAGGGCUCUCCAGCAGUAGGUUUAGAGAGGGCAUUGGCAGCAGCGAAAUUAGAGAAACCAAUUUAAUGCUCACUUCCUUGUCUGAAGUGCCAAGUACUGUGACCAAGGUGAGCUCUGGCCAAGAAUUUGAUGUGUUUGGGGCUGUGCCCUUCUUUGCUCUUCAGCCUCAGCCACAAGCAAGAGAGAAGAGUAACCAAGACGUCUCUUCUCAGGCUGCUUUUCCUGGUCUGAACCAAGAGCAGGAUGACUUUGAUGUCUUCACAAAAGCCCCAUUCAGCAAAAAAGUGGCUCAGCAAGAGGGCCAAGUGGUGGGAGCUGAGACUCAGCUCCCCCUUGCUUCUCCAAGGGGUGUUGAUAUUUUUGGUUGCACCCCAUUUCAGCCUCCCCUUCUCACAAAAACUGGUGGAAGUAAAGAGGACCUGUUCGGACUCAUCCCUUUUGAAGAGAUCACAGGGAGUCAGCAGCAGCACAAGGUGAAACAGCAGCGUAACCUGCAGAAGCUUUCGUCGCGCCAAAGGCGCAUGAAGCAGGACGUGUCCAAGAGCAACGGAAAGCGCCACCACGGCACCCCGACCACCACAAAAAAGACGUUGAAGCCAAGCUACCGCACUCCGGAGCGAGCCCGCAGGCACAAGAAGGCAGGUCGCAGGGACUCGCAGAGCAGCAACGAGUUCCUGACUAUCUCGGAUUCCAAAGAGAACAUAAGCGUUUCUCUGACUGACAGCAAAGAUCGAACCAACCCUCUGCAGACGGACGAGAGUUUGCUGGAUCCUUUUGGAGCCAAACCCUUCCACCCCCCGGACUUGAUGCGUCAUCCCCAGCAUCAAGGUCUGGGUGACAACCGUGGGGAUCACGGUACAGUGGUAGUGGCUGGUAGACCUAGGCAGAGCUCCUUGCAUGGGGCCAUUCACAGUGGUGAUGGGCUAAAAACAGAUGACUUUGGGGCAGUGCCCUUCACAGAACUGGUUGUGCAGAGCACCCAGAGCCAGCAGCAACAGGCAUUAGAGCUGGAUCCCUUUGGAGCAGCUCCGUUUCCUUCCAAGCAGUAGACACUUCCCAUGGGGUUCCCCAACCCACCCAUCUCUCCAGGUUACUUCUAAUACAGGUUUUUAACUAGGGGAAUAAUGUAUCUGUUGAAUUGCCAGGGAUCUGGGUUGUGCUGUUUGCUCCUGGUAAAGAGGACAUGGUCAGCUUGCACCCAAAAUACAGAAUUGUGGUGUAUUUGGUUGCUGGUCUGGAGACAAAGAGGAUAACAGCAGCAUUUUGAUACCACAGAUGCUUCCCAAGAUGUAAGAGAAAUCCGAUAGGAAUCAUGGUCUGCCACGUGCUUGGUGGCCACAGGACUUUUUGUCAUUCUGCACUUCUGCAUUGUCUGCUCAGUGUCAUGUGAUGUGCAGAGAUAAAGGGUGGGGAGAGGCAGAAGCCACUUGGAAAAGUUUUUUCCUACAUGCACACAGGCUAAAGGAAUUGGAGCGGGUUCUUGUGUCUCAGUUGCUCUAGACCUAAGAACCUUAAAGUACCAAUAUCCAGAUUAAUCUGCUGGAAAUGAUGUCCUCACUUCCUAGAUGAAAGCUGUUUUGAUUAAUCAUAAAAUGAAGCCAAGUCCUCCGAAGGGGCUGAGGCCCAGAAUUCCAGAGCGCAGCUACGAUGUGGGACCUGGCAGUCAUCUGUGCAGCUGCAGAGAUGAAAGGCGGAUUUGUUUUCCUUGUGUGUGUGCCUAACUGUUUAGUUUGAUUCUGUUUUUUUACAGUAAGUGCCAUUAAUGUAAAAUAGCAAACUGGAAGUCUUGAGUUAAAACUAAAGAUGCAGAGAAUAUAAUGGUUGUGAGAUGUCAAGUGUGAACGUAGAAGAGGAAACCAGCAGGGAUGCAGCCAGUGUUUGCAGCACUUAGAAGACUACUCGGUAUGCUGGGGAAGAGAGGCUGGUUUCCGUGAAUAAAACAUCUGGCGCAGAUGGAGUGUUUGAGAUUACUUGUACAGUUGACUGUGAAAUGGAACCAUCCGUUCUAUUUGAUUAUGAAUUGGGAUUUGUGUCUGAAAAUGCCUUUUCUUU